AUGAGUUUAAGAACUUCAUUGCUCUUACUCUGCCAUCAUGGUAGCAAAAAGAGAAAGGCCGUAGAUAUGGGUUCACAGCACACACCUGGAAAGAUAAGUACCUCUGAAGGAUCCUUCCUUUCAAGAACAAAGGCUGUUGAGAAUAUAGAUUACCCACACUAUCAUGCGCUCUCACGAAAACUGAACAUGCCUUUUGUGAAAGGAGUUGAGGACAGACGUGACUGUGGCAGAAUUGAAAAGAAAUGCAACCCGACUUUUCUUAAUUUUCACCCUUAUCCCCCUUCAGUCCUACCAGACUAUCAUUUACACUAUCCUUAUCCCCCACCGUAUGGGCCAGAUUAUCCAUUAUUUCCACUUCGGGAUGAUGUACCCUUAGGUGACACCUGUUCAGGGUUUGUGAGUCCUGGUGGUGAUGCUGACUUAAAGCCUGGCAUUGGCAGAACCAUACCAAGCUUGGUAGAUUUCAGUGAUGUGAAACCUCAACAUCGAGUUCCCAGGCCAGACACAGGACUUCAGACAACAUUAAAAAGGAAAAAAGUGUUACUAGAACUAAAACAGGACAGGAGAUGGAAUUCCAGGGCAGUACCAGACAUUUCCAUCCGAGCAAGACUUGGAGGUUGGACAAGCCCACUGAGAGUUACUGCCUUACAACCUCAUCGUGAAGAAUACUCAGUAAAUCACCAAUAUACAUUUGAUGAGGAAGCAACAUGUACCGAUGAUGGAGAACCACUUUUACAAUCAAACAAGAAAUAUAAUGCAAAAGACUCAUUUUACAAGUCCUCUACACAAAAGGCUUAUGAAAUAGUUCCUUGGGACGAGAUGCUACCACCAAAACUUGAUCCAGAAGAAACAACAGUGGAAAAAGCUGCUGACCCUAUCUCACAGUGUUUUACACUGAAAAGAUAUGAAGGAUUGCCAGCAAUAACUCAGAUGGUUGGUGGACUAUGGGACAGAUUUCAGACAAGAUCUUUCUUGGCACCAGUCAAACCAGUCAACUUUGUGAGUCCAAGUUCCAGAAGCAAAUACAUUCCUCUCUCUACUGGUUGCGUGCAUUCUACAAAUGCUGAUGACAUGGACAACCCCCGUGGAGACAUCACAUCUCUCGCCAAGCCUCGCAGCUCUGAAAUUCUUUAUACGAGCUCAAGUUGCUCUGCAAAUAUUCCAGGAUACACUGGUAAGGUUCAUUUCACAGCCACCCACCCAGCAAAUUCUGAUCAUCCAUCAACGACCCCCUCGCCAGAUUCAGGAGUGCACCACAUCUUACGGAGAGAAACGGCAGUUGACCUCUUCCGUCACCAGGGGCCACUGUCUAGAAUGGUCACAACUGUGAAACCCUCCAACCCCUUCAAUAAGAAGGAAAAGGAAACUGUAGGCUACUGA